AUGGAGACCGGCAAGGCUGAACAAACCACCGAUCAUUUUCCCCAAGAAAUCAUAGAAGAAAUCUUGUACAGACUUCCGGUAAAAUCUCUAUCGAGAUUCAAGUGUGUUACCCCAUCAUGGGGUUCAUUGAUCUCCAGCAAACAAUUCAUCAAAACCCAUCUCCAACGUUCGAAAAAGAUCGAAUCUUUCACCGACAAAAGAAUCAUCUCAACCUGUAAAGGCAAUCUAAAGGCAUGUUCUCUGUCCUCCUUGUUCACCGAACCGGUCACUCGUGCCUUUUCUUUCGAUUUCAUUCCGAUUAAUAGUUCGAGAGAUGUAGUUAUCGUCGGUUCUUGCAACGGUUUGAUCUGCGUAUUAGUAGAUGCAUGUCGGUUUUUCUUGUUGAAUCCUUCGACAAGAGAGUCCAAGGAAUUGCCCGACUUCUUUACCGGAGCGCUUUUCCCGAAGAAUGUCGGUUCUAUUCGUGGAUAUGGCUUUGGAUUUGAUGAGAGUAGUGGUGAUUACAAGGUUUGCGCCGUUUGUUAUAUGAUAUUCCGGUGUGGUUCAAACUUGACUUUUCCGAGUACCGCAAGAGUGUAUAGCUUAAAGGACGAUUCUUGGGGACGUAAUUUUUUCUUUAAGGAUGUGUGUAUAUUUGGUUCAGCCAAGUUUGUGAGUGGGAAGUUACACUGGAUUAGCUAUUCGAAAACGAAUCCGAAAUGGGAAGUUGUUUGUUUCGAUUUGAAGAGUGAGACUUUUGGAAUCGUGAAACAACCUAGUUGUAUCGAGGGUUAUUACAGCCCAGGAUUGGGAGUUCUCAAAGGAUGUCUUUGUGUGUUUGCCGACUAUGUUUCAACUAUUAAGUUCGACAUCUGGAUUUGGAAUAAGUAUGGGGUGGAUGAUUCUUGGGCUAAACAUGUCACUAUUUCUUAUCGAUCCGUUUCUUGGGAGCCUUCAUUGCCGGAAACAUAUAAUCUCAUAACUCCGUUGUUUGUUUUGCCAGGUGGCGAGGUUCUGUUUACGUACGGAUCGGUUUUUUUUAUUUACAAUAAGAAAGACAAUUGCGUCAGGCAACAACACACCGUUGACUUUGACCUUGAUCGUGUUCGUGCAGCGGAGGUCUACACUGAAAGUUUAGUCUCACUUGUACUUGAUGAUUGA